GAUGGUGAUGGAGGUCUGAGGAGCGGCUCUUCUCUCUUCAUGCUUAUCUCACCUUCCCCGUGAAGCCGUGACGCGUCUCAUCCUGGCUCUUUUAUAAUAAUCCGCGGCUGCUUGUUUUGUGUUUUUCUACAUCCUUACUAUCAUUAUUAUUAUUAUUAUCAUUUUUUAAAGAAACCCGGUCUCUCUGCUGCACAUCCAUCUCCAUCUGUAGCCAUGUCGGACUCUGAGGACAUGACGGAGUUCGCCAGCAUCGUGGAGCGGAUCGAGCGGGGCGAGAUGCGGCGUAGCAGCAGCACCAUUGCGGUCCCGAUCAAGAACAUCGAGAGGGAGCUGAUCUGCCCCAUCUGUAAGGAGCUCUUCACCCACCCGCUGAUCCUGCCCUGCCAGCACAGCGUCUGCCACAAGUGUGUCAGGGAGCUGCUGAUGCUCAACCAUGAGGACUCCUUCGACGCCGGCUCCGAGUGCUCCCUGCCGGGCAGCCCCAGGUCCAGGGUGCCGUCCCCCUCCAUGGAGAGGCUGGACAGGCUUGUGAGAUCAGGUCCUCGGAAACGAAGUGGAAAUUCUGGCUUGCAUACUGAGAUAAAUCCAGCACUCCUCGCUUCCCCUGUCCCCCAAAAACGCUCCAUCUCAUCCCCGGGGUGGCGCAGAGGCUCUGUGACUCCCCGGGUCACCACCAUCCCGUGCCCCGGCUGUCAGCACGACAUCGACCUCGGCGAGCGCGGCAUCAGCAUGCUGUUCCGUAACUUCACCCUGGAGAGCAUCGUCGAGCGCUACCGGCAGGCGGCCCGCGCGGCCAUCGCAAUCAUGUGUAACAUCUGCAAGCCUCCGCAGCAGCAGGAGGCCACUAAGAGCUGCAUGGACUGCAAGGCCAGCUACUGUAACGAAUGCUUCAAGCUGCACCACCCCUGGGGCACGCCCAAAGCUCAGCAUGAGUAUGUUGGUCCCACCACAAAUUUUAGGCCCAAGGUGCUCAUGUGUCCAGAACACGAGAUGGAGAAGGUGAACAUGUACUGUGAGGUCUGCAGACGACCCGUGUGUCACCUGUGUAAGCUGGGAGGAUCCCACGCCAACCACAAAGUCACCAGCAUGAGCAGUGCCUACAAGAUCCUCAAGGAGAAGCUGGCCAAGAGUAUCCAUUACCUCAUCAGCAAAGAGGACCAGGUCAGGACUCAGAUUACAGAUCUGGAGCUGCUCAUCAGUCAGACCGAGGAGAAUGGCCAGCUAGCAGAGCGCCAAGCCAACGAGCACUUUGAGCGUCUGUUUGAGACUCUGCAGGAGAGGAAGUCUGAGAUGUUGAGGUCCAUCGAACAGUCACGAAACCGACGCCUGGACCACCUCAAGGCCCAGGUGGAGGAGUACCAGGGCAUGCUGGAGAACAGUGGUCUAGUGGGCUACGCUCAGGAGGUGCUGAAAGAGACGGAUCAGUCCUGCUUCGUACAAACUGCAAAGCAGCUGCACACCAGGAUCCAGAAGGCCACAGAGUCUCUGAGGACCUUCCACCCGUCAGCUGACCCCUGCUUCGAUGAGUUUGUGCUGGACACAUCUAGAGAAGAGACUCUGCUCAAAGAGAUGUGCUUUGGUGGAGUUCCAGACCCUCCUCUAAUCGACCUGUCCAGCAGCAAAGUCUACAACGAGGCCUCAAUCUGCUGGAGGCUGUCUGACGACCACCUACCUACUGAUCACCACGUGCUCGAAUACCGCAGAAUCAGAGGCCCGAGCCAGCCCGCGUCCCAGGAGGACGGCGAGGACAGCGGCGUCUGGAGGGCUACAGAACGGGUGCACGGUCCCAGCACUGUGGUGUGCGACCUGGACCCUAACAGCCUGUACGCCUUCAGGGUCCGAAGCUGCAGGAACUCCAUGUUCAGCCCCUACAGCCCUGAGGUCACCUUCCACACACCACCUGCACCUGCUUUUGGUUUCCUGUUCAGCGACAAGUGUGGCUUCAGUACCGAGCGACUCAUUCUUAACAACCGCCGGGACACUGUGGAGAACGUAGCAGGCAUGGCCUUCCUCCUCGCAGCUGAUCGCGUGCAGACGGGCAGCUACAUCGGACUAGACUACAUAAUUGGGGACACGGGAAUCUCUCAGGGAAGACACUAUUGGGCCUUCAAGGUGGAACCGUACUCCUACAUGGUUAAAGUCGGAGUGGCCUCUGACUCAAAGCUGAUCGAAUGGUUUCACAAUCCCAGAGAUACGAGCAGCCCGAGGUACGACCAUGACAGUGGGCACGACAGCGGCAGUGAGGACACGUGCUACGAGCUCUCCCAGCCCUUCACCCUCCUCACCCUGGGCAUGGGCAAACUCUUCAUCCCCAAGGCUUCUUCAUCCUCCUCCGUCUCCUCUGCAAACGCAACUGCAGCCACCGACCCUGGCAACCGCGUGCUUCCCAUGCCACAGCGCCUGGGCGUGUGUCUCGACUACGACGCCGGCCGGGUGUAUUUUUACGACGCCGACACCAUGAGGUGCCUUUACGAGAGGCAGGUGGAUUGUUCGGGAACGAUGUAUCCUGCUUUCGGCCUCAUGGGCAGCGGCAAGGUUCAGCUGGAAGAGUUCAUAACCGCUAAGAGACUGACGUUCUGAGGAGGAUGGAGUGCGUUUGAAGCUUUAGGGACCUGCUUCUGUUUGAUCUUUGGCAGGUUUUAGCGACAGGGUAAUGGAGUACAAUCCAAACUAUUGUUCUGAAGGUCAGAUGAGGCAGAUGCGAUCAAGGUGUUUUGGUCUUAAAAGUAAAAUGAGGAUCUCUGCCAGAGUUUGCUUGAAUAAUGUAUGAUCCACACGCUGAGUAUAAACAUACAGGUCUUUAGAGGCUUGUAUAUGGUAUGUCAAAGGUCUUCUCUACAUACCAAAGUCUCUGUCUCUGUUAAUUGUCUUUACCUGGUUUUAAUUGCCAGCUGUGAUCGGCUGUUAACGUAGUGUAAUAUGCUGCAAAGUUAGUCUGCAGCGUCUUUAAAUCUUUAUCGUUUUAACAUGAAACGCCUUCGAGCUUACACUGACACUUCCUCUUUCGCCAGGUUGGUGUUCAUAGAUUAUUUUGUGUGUAUCAACUACCAGAUGAUGUUUUUAUUUCUUUUGGCUCUUUUCUCUAUGUGUCUAAAUGUAGCAGCAUGGGUUUAGAUGUAAUCUUGGUGGACCUGAAAGAGCCUUGUAGCUACUUUAAUGCUAGCGCCUUUGUGCCUUUUUUUUUUUUUUUUUUAGGGAAUGGCUCACUUAUUGUAGUUUGCUCCUGCAAGCAGAUGUUGGUGUCAUUGCACAAGCAUUAUGGACAUAGUUAUCAGCAUAAAUACUGUAUGUGAGUUUUUACUGUAGUUAGUUUGAUCACAGACACUGGUGUCAAAGUUAAAACAGUUAAUGGUAUUCAUUAUGACUUCUUACUUACCUAUUUACUCUCGACUUGAUCACAAAAAACACUACUUUUCCUCCAUGUCACAAUUUUUAUUCCGCUGUUUUUGCACAGUACGAUGAAAGAAGCCUCGCACAUGAUAAACUUAUCAAUCAUCACGUUUUAGCACUACCUAGUUAGCUUCUUCACUUUUUUAAAAGACGUAAUCCGCACAUUCUUGUCCGUCACACUCACAAAAGCGUUCACUUUUUACUAACUUACACAUGAAUCCUGGAGCAGUUACUUGGAUUUAAUAAAAAAAGGAAAAAAAAAAAAGCCUCUCACUGUUUGCACCAAAUGUGACUUUGAACAUCACGAAACCAGCCAGGUACCAGACCACCGUGUACUUGUAGUCGACUUGAGUUAGACAGCCGCAAAGUCACCAAAAGCCAAAGCUUGCUGGUUCCUGGUGCGUCAGUGCAACACUCAACUCUGUGUCUCUCACAGCCUUUAAACACAGUUUAAACACACAGUUAUUCAGGUUCUUACAACAAGUGCUAUCACUAAACACACUGUUCUGUACCUUUUUUUACUAUCAAAUCCACCUUUUACUUGGCGCGCAGACACGAGGAGUGAAGUGUUUAGCACGUCACUGGUUAGUUUGGCUGUCAGACAGACACCUAAGCGGUUGAUUGGCUUUGAGUAAAUCAGCUCAGAUAUUAAAGUCUAAGAGAGCACCUGAGACAGACUGUUUCCUUGGCUACCACACUUGUUUGUUUUUUGUAUAGACCCAUACUGUAAAUGUGCCUGCACGUGGGUUUGACUGUACAGUCAUGUAUAUUUUUGAUUUCUGGAGGGUUAGGGUAAUCGGUGUGUGUGCGUUUUCUCAGGUUUCUGGCCCUGAUUGGGGCCCCAAUGCUACCUACCUCUCUCCGUCAGGCCUGGAAAACCUUAACUACUGAACCUUUUUCCUCACAGAAACGAGUUUGGUUUGAUUUGCAGCUUCGACCGUUGUCAGUCAGUUCAGUAUCUCCGCCUUCUCUCAAACGGCAGGUAAUACGCUGGUCUGUCAGAAAAAAGUUUGUUUUUAACUUCCAUGUACAUAUUAAUCCAGAGUAUAUUAUUUUCAGUGAAAUAAAGUACAUCUUAAAUGUUAUUAGUUGGUGUUUGCUUGUGGACUUGAAACAGACGUGUAAUCACUAUCGGUGGAAGUUACUGUAAACAGAUGUUAACCUUGUUCAGCUGCCUUCAACAAGGGAGUGUUUUUUCAAAUGGUACUAACAACCUUUUCUUCCUCUUCUUUUUUUGUGGUGUUGGUUUGAUUAGUCAGUUUUAAAUGUUUUGUUUUGGGUUAAAAACAUUAAAAUAAAUUCAUGCGCUCAUAUUUAGCUCAACAUAAAUGUUCUCUAGUCUCAAAAUAUUGGAUUUCUGUGACUGUGUGCAUAUUUGGUCUCAGACCUGACCCCUGAAUCCUGCAUUUAAACCAUCUUUUGAAAAUAUGUCUAUGCAUUUAUGAAAUGAAAGGGCAGGUUCAAGUUUUUUUUUUUUUUUUCUUUCUUUCCAUCACAGAAUGUAUUCCUGUUAAAUACAGAACAAACAGCUGAAUGUUCUUCAUGUUGUCGUUGUUGUUUCUGAGGUGGUUUUCUUCUGUUUUGUUCUGCACUUGGGGGUCACAGCACAGUUGUAUGUAGUUUUAGAAAUCUGGCUUGUAAUCUCAACAUACACAGCAGUUUUUUCGAAUUUAAAAAUUGCAUCCUAGCCUGCGUUUCAGCGAUGAAUUUAGAACCAAAUAUUUUGCAGGCUGGCUCUCAAUCUAAUACCAAGCUAGCACUUUAAAAAUCUGUAGCAUGUCAGCAAUGGUUUGGCUCUGCAGGUGUGUAUAAUAAGUGUGUAUGUGUGUGUGCAAUAUUCUGAAAACAGGCUGUAGAAUAGACAGACAAUGGGGCCUGUCGAGACAAUUUGCAUUGUUAAUAGUUUAUAGUUUAGGUUGUGGUUUUAAAUUGGCUUUCUCCUUGAUACAAAGUGAAUUUUAAACACUAAUUUGUUUCUUCAUUUUUUUUCUUCUAAUUUUUCUGAACUCUAAAUUAGCGACAGUGCAUUUGUCUCUGUGUUUUCUCCAGAGGAUUUGGAUGUGGUGUGUAAGUGGUGGGUUUCUGUAUGUGUUGUAUGUAAAGAUUUGGAAAUGUUGUUCUUUGCUCGGAUUCCUGGAAACGCUAGUCUUUUCAAUUUGCUGUGUGGGGAUUUCAUCAAAUAAAGAAUAGUGUUUUUAAAGCCA